GAACAAUUCACUCAUCUUUCUCAUUCUUUCUCAUCGAAUGACAACCAUGGAAUCGAUCGUGGAGCGUAUUGCUCAUCCAUACUAUCCACGAGAUCUGCUUCUCAACCAUUAUGUGGCCAAUACCAAUACUAUGCAGGAAACUCUCGUGAUCCUAUUUUCAGGAUUCGGUGCUAUCGCUGUACUCGCCCUUGCCAUCUCAUAUCAAUAUCGUAACUCAACCCUCAAGGGUCUCGGCAACCAGUUGACAUUUCUCUGGUUCGUCAUGUGUGGAUUUAUUCAUCUUUUCUUCGAGGGUUACUUUGGUGUCUUUCAUAAGACAUUGGCCGGUGAUCAGUUCGUGUUCGCCCAGGUCUGGAAGGAGUACUCGCUGAGUGAUUCCCGAUACCUCACCAGCGACCCAUUUGUCUUGAUCAUGGAGCGCAUCACUGCUUUCGCAUGGGGCCCUUUGGCAUUCUACAUAGCCUAUGCAAUGUGUAAAAACCUUCCUUCCCGUUAUAUCUUUCAGUUGGUCAUCUCAGUAGGCCAACUCUACGGAUGUGUGCUCUACUACUUCACUACGAUCAUCGAAGGCAGCCCUCACUGUGAUCCUCAUCCAUUCUAUUACUACUUUUACUUUGUCUUCUUCAACUUUUUCUGGAUCGUUAUCCCCAGCAUCUACAUUUUCAAUGCGAUCAAGCACCUGCACAGAGGCAUGAAGCUUGCUCAGGAGAAGGAUGCUGUUGCCAAGGGCAAGAAGAAGAACUAGAUUUUUACUUAAAAUAAAAAAUAAUAAAAAAAAAAAAGCAC